GGCUGCUGGCUGAGUGCUUGGCUCUGACGCCGUCGCUGAGCGCGUAAAUCUCGGCUGAGAGCCUGCUUUCGCUCCCCGCCUUACACAAUCACCAACUACUACUUCUCGACCGAGAUUGGCUGCUAUAAGCUCUGCUGCUGCUAUUCUCGGCCUGCCCUUGAUUUGAUACCCCCGAGAUCACUAUCGCUCCGUGUGUAACAAGCAUCAUUCGACGAAAACAAACGACCGUCCAGAACACACUUGCGCAAUACCUCGUCCCCUCCCCUGCCUCCCUCCCCACCAACCCCCUAAUUCCAGAACCAUGACCGCAGCGCCAAAGCCGGGCCCGGCGAAUCUCCGACCCGGAGCCGGUCUCGACGAGUGGCUCGAAGAAGCAAAACAAUGCCACUACCUACCAGAGUCUGUCAUGAAGCAGCUCUGCGAAAUGGUCAAAGAGGUCCUGAUGGAGGAGUCCAACAUCCAACCAGUAGUCACCCCUGUCACCAUCUGCGGCGACAUUCACGGCCAGUUCUACGAUCUCCUAGAGCUCUUCCGAGUGGCUGGUGGCAUGCCGGGCGACAACAACGUCCAGGCGCCCCAGACAGUCACAGCAGUCAUCACAUCCGACGACAUUGAGCCCCCGAGCGAAAUCACCGAUCCCAAGCUGCAAAAGAAGGUCAUAAAUUCUGGCCCAGCCCCAAUAAGUACAGAUCCAAACGAAACGAUCGUCGAGGGGGACACAACCACCGAGGCCAUCCUCCCUCCAAACGAGGGGCUCACCCAGUCAGCAGACACCAAAUUUGUCUUUUUGGGCGAUUUCGUCGACAGAGGGUAUUUCAGUCUGGAAACAUUUACUCUCUUAAUGUGUCUAAAAGCCAAAUACCCCGACAGAAUAGUCCUCGUCCGCGGCAACCACGAAUCCCGUCAAAUCACCCAAGUCUACGGCUUCUACGAAGAAUGCCAGCAAAAAUACGGCAACGCCUCCGUUUGGAAGGCCUGCUGCCAAGUCUUUGACUUUCUAGUCCUCGCAGCAAUCGUGGACGGGACCGUCCUGUGCGUCCACGGCGGCCUGUCGCCCGAAAUUAGAACCAUCGACCAGAUCCGUGUUGUGGCUAGAGCGCAGGAGAUCCCGCAUGAAGGCGCGUUUUGCGAUUUGGUGUGGAGUGACCCAGAGGAUAUCGACACGUGGGCGGUGAGCCCGAGAGGAGCGGGUUGGCUGUUUGGCGAUAAGGUCGCUACCGAGUUUAACCACGUGAAUGGGCUGAAGACGAUUGCGAGAGCGCAUCAGUUGGUGAAUGAGGGUUACAAGUAUCACUUUAGCGAACGGUCGGUGGUGACGGUCUGGUCAGCACCGAAUUACUGCUAUCGCUGUGGUAAUGUGGCGUCGAUCAUGACAGUGGACGAGCAGCUCAAUACCAAGUUUAGCAUCUUCUCGGCUGUGCCGGAUGAUCAGCGCCAUGUGCCAGCUGGGAGGAGAGGGCCGGGUGAUUACUUCCUGUAGAGGGAGGCGGGGGGAGGAGGAGGGCUAUCGAUCCUGGGGUAGCAACCAACCACGGGAUGACGUGUUGUAGCGUCUUGUCGGCUAAGAGACCUGUUUUGAUGCGGUGUACGAGGGAAACCGGCGUUUUACAUGUUGUUAUAUUUGUCGGGGCACAUGGCAAUUGAUUUUUUUGGACGGGAUGAUGAAUAACUGGGAUGAACAUUUGAUAAACUACUAGCAUUGAGUUGGGUUGGUUGAUUGGUCAUUUUUGGGAGGGUGGGAGAAAGAGAUGCUUGUAUAUUGUAUACUGUCACUUUUUUCAUCAAGCGGACCUUUUUGAGGGGUGUUCGAACUAUUGCGUGGCUUUGGGCUUUCUGAUAUACCCGACUUUUGUUGUAUUACCUACUUUUUGGGGGGGUAAAAAUAGAAGACAGAGGGGGGGAUGGAGAUGUCUUGGAGCCCAAGCGUUUCUGAAGAACUGAAGUGUUGAAAGGUACAAAGAAAGCUGAGUAUUUUGAUAUCUAUAAGUUUGAUGCUCUCUAUACAUGAUGGGAAAUUCUCAGUGCCCGUUCUGCGCCGUGGAAAGCCAAAAAAUAAAAUAAAAACUAAAAUGUCAAAAGAUGGUCAAGAGAAAGCAAUAACGCCCCGUAUUAUGCCUGU